AUGAAGUCGUUUUCUGCCAACCGCUCAGCCUUUUUGGCAGCGGUCAUCGUGGGCUCACAUCUCGUCGCCGCAAGCCCAAAGCCAGUCUUCUCGCACGACCCUAAAACCACCGAUAGCUGCAUUGACUGGUGGAACAACGCCGACGCCUCCAGGUCCUGCGAGUGCGUCAGAGAUCAGUUCAGCAUCAUGCCUGAAGAAUUCGCAGCAUGGAACCCAUCUCUCAGCGAAGACUGCGACCCAUGGCGUUACCCUCUGUCGUAUUGCGUGUCCACCAGUGACCGCGAUCCCCCGCCAAAUGCAACUACAACAACCACUGUCACCCCUACUCCCACUACCACAACCACCAGCUCACACGUUCCCUCCCCAACUUCCUGGAGUGCUAGGGGCUGCUACCCUGACCAAGACCCCGACUUCCCCGUCCUAGACCGCCUGGUCACUGAAGAAGGCGGCGACCCAGACCUAGACAUUGCUACCUGCGAAGAUAUGUGCUGGGAAGCCUCCAUCAACGGAACCGUUCUCUUCGCAGGCGUCAAAGCAGGCAACCAAUGUUGGUGCAGUAGCUUCAUCGGCGGGGAGUCUACCAGCGACCAAAAGAAGUGCGACACACCUUGCGCCGGUAACGAGGAAGAAAUUUGUGGUGCCGAUGAUUUCAUCAAUGUUUUUGAGCCCGUUACCACUUCCGAGACUCCCUCUGCGACACGGACUUUCUCGUCAGCUGUUGCGACGGAGAGUGAUUCCGGGGCUGUGCGACUUCUCGCCUAG